CUUCAUUCAUUGAUUGUUGUUUUGGGAAAGAUCUCAUAUCCACCAAGACCACUCACUACUUUUGUAGAGAAAGAAAGAGAGAGAUGGCAAGGCAUUCUUCGUACAACACACUCCUCUUAUUGCUGGUCUCGCUACUUCUCUUGAUUACAUUAUCCCAUGUGGUUGAGGGAUACAAUAGGCUUCGUCCUGCAGAUUGCAGACCAAGAUGUACAUAUAGAUGCUCAGCAACAUCACACAAGAAGCCGUGCAUGUUCUUCUGCCUCAAGUGCUGCUCAAAAUGCCUUUGUGUGCCCCCUGGCACUUACGGCAAUAAACAAACAUGCCCUUGCUACAACAACUGGAAGACCAAACAAGGUUCAAUUCUGCCAAGGUAGUUCACUUUUUUUUUUCAAUCAAAUGAUUUUUUUGAAGUUCUUGCUCAAGUUUCCUUACUUAUCAGAUGGGAUGUUUCAUAAACUCAAAUUCAUGCAGUGCAAUGUAUCCCAAAAACCACAGUGAGAGAGAAAGACAGAAUGAAUGUAAUAAUGCCUAUGUAGUAAAAUCAGAGAGAGAGAGAGAGAAUGCUGAAUGGAAUAAUGGCUAUGUAGUAAAAUCAGUCGAUCCAUUUUGGUUAGUUUGGGUACUUCUGGUUUGGUUUGGUUUGGUUGUGUAAAAGAAAGGAGUAGGAUGGUUUUGAGACCCACCAAUAUAAGCAUGCUUCCGUUUGUUUGAUAAGGUGACGGUGGAUUAGCCAACAGGAUCUGGUUAUGAAUUGAAGGCCUAAUAAUUGGGCCAUUCUUUGUCCUAAACAUAAUAUUGGCCACAUUAAUUAUGAUUCAAAUUUUUUAACAAAUUUAAAAAAAUUGUGAUUUUUUAGUGAUAUAUUCAUAAAAU